AUGAGCCAACCACCACAGAAGAAACAAAAGACGGGUAAACAAAUCAUCUAUCUCCCAGACGAAAUAGGGGAACUCAUUGUUUCUUAUAUCCCUGACCACUAUUUAGAAGCAAACCUUUUCACUCCACUCAUUGGAGAGUUUAUCGCAAUGAAAUUAUAUCGAUAUAUCCAUGUUGGGUCUUUAUUUUCAAAAUUGGGUGGGCAACUACAAUUUAAAUUUGUUGACAGUCAAAGGGGCCUACAAGGAAUAGUGUCCCAGAGCUUUUUUAAUGACGAGAAUUUCGUUAGUGCUAAGGAUUCUUACACGGAAUUAUCAGUGAAUCAGUUUGUUCAAUUGAGCAAAAAGUACCCCAGAUUCAAACCCCAUAUCAUUCAUUUCCAUCUGCUUAACAGACUUUUCUGGAUGCAUCACAGGUAUCCUGAGAUAUUAAGAAAAUUGCCAAGAGUAGAUGUUUCAUUGAGAGAUGAUUCAAAUAGAGCAUCAUCCUUGCUUGAAUUGCCUUAUAAUAUUUACCUGAUUUCAGAUAUUCCAAAAGUAUUCACCGAAGUGAACUUGUUAUCCAACAUCUCUGGGCUUUGCGCCGAUUAUCUUCCACAGAUCGCGGAUAAAAGUUGGGGUAAAGAUCUUCAAGAGCUUGAAUUGGGGCGGGAAAAAGGAUUGCAUGAACUACCACAUUUGUUUCCUAACUUGAAAAAGUUAAGAAUCGAUAACCUCGAGUCACUUGGGGUCGGGACCCUCCGUUUCCCUUCAAAACUACAAUGCUUAAAUAUACGGGUAGGACACAUCGAAAGAUUGGAUGUCUCGUACUUGGACAACUUGACAGAAUUUGUAGCAGAGAUUGGCUACGACUCAAACAAAUUGGAUAAGAUGAGGUUUCCUCUUGGAAUUGAGCGGGUGAUCUUGUUUUGUGCUUAUUAUGGACCAGUCACAGAAGCACCUGCUAAUUUAGAAAUAUACCCCAAUUUAAGAGAUUUUCGCAUUUUCUAUUCCUACGUACCUUUGGGAAUAGAUGAGCCCAAUGAGGUUUCAGUAACAGUUGGAGAACUUUUGAAAAUCCCAGAUACUUUGAGGAUACUUACAAUCGAUCUUCUAGAGGGGCAAUUGCUUCCUGAUAACUUAAAACUCCCACCUUCGCUAAGGGUUUUAUCAAUCAGCAAUACCCGCAUGUCAGGGAAUGGCUGGUCUUCAGUUACAUUUCCAGAAACUCUCACCGAGUUGACACUUCAGGUAGAUUGUUUGGAAGGAAUUGAAUUACCCAAAUCGUUGCAACGCUUGUACCUCACAACAACCUUUCCAAUUGAAUCUGUGAAUUUCCUUGAUUUGAAGCAUUUAGUAAACUUAAAGCUUGAUGGUGAAUGGGUUGGCGAAAACUUUAUUUGCAGUUUUCCUUCUAGUUUAGAAACUUUGCAAGUAUUAUUCGAAUAUUCCCCUCUUGAAGAAGUUGUCAUUGAAGCAUCAAAUCUAAAACAGGUGGCAUUCAAGGAAGCACCAUUUAAAUGCAUUGGAACUUCCAACUUUGAGCUACCUGAUUGCGUGGAACUGCUUUCGUUCGACACCUCCAUGGAGAAUUGCUUGUCUGAAAUGGAAGAAUACCUUAAAUCAAGGCAUGGUAAGAUCGAAAGAAAUAUUUUUCCAUCCCUGUUGAGGGAAUUGUACUUAGCAUCAAAUUUCUUGGAAGGAGUGGGCUUACAAAGCUAUUCGAAUCUAGAGAAAUUGGAGUUAUUGGGAAAUAACAUUUCUCGAUUAGAUAAGCUUCCAUCAUCACUAAAAUCACUACGACUUGACGGAAGCCCGAUUUGUAAGUGUUUGACUCCGACAAUCUUCUCGGAUCUAACAAACUUACGCGAGCUUAGAAUGGCAGACACUAAAAUCAAUGAAUAUUUUGAAUCAGACCAAUCAAGGGUAUUAAAUUUCCCGUCAUCGUUGGUUAUCUUGAAUCUAUCGAACAAUAAGUUACAACUUGGUGUUGCACCACGGUUACUACUUCUGGGUUGUACUCAAUUACAGGAGUUAUGGUUAUCUGGAAAUUCAGACAUGACCGAUGUUCAAGUAAUUAUAGACACGGUCAAAUCGGCAAGUCCUGAAAUAGUCGAGUUAAGGUUGGACGAAGAGGUUCGGAAUCGUGUUAAGGAAGGAGGCGUUAACUUUUUAUCGUUCGUGAAAUACACACCUGGCAUUUGGCAGAAUUCACCGGACUUCAUGCCUUGA